AUGUCUACGCACGAAUUUGAAAAGUCAUCUUCUUAUGAUUUUAAUCAUGAAGGGCAUAAAUCGUUCCGAUGUUCAGCUAUUGAAAUUUCAGAAUCAUCAUUAAUUGAAUAUACCAAAGCAAGUGCAUCUUUCAAUGAUUCAGCUAUUGAAAUAUCCAAAUCAACAUUAAUUCAACACACCGAAGGUGAUAAAGGAAAAUCAACCAUAGAUAAAGAAGAACUGUAUCAUCCAAAUGUUCCCGCAGAUUUGAUUCCUAAAAAAGGAGAAACUGUGUCAACUGUAGAUGAAGGAAUUGAAAUGUAUCGAACAUAUGGAAAAGCUGCUGGUUUUGGAAUUAGAUUAGGAUCCACAACUACAUAUGGUGACUACAGUCUAAGAAAAAAACAUGAAAGAAAAUCAUAUUCAAAAGUUACAGGAUGUAUGGCGAUGAUUGGUUUUGACAGAAAUUAUAAAACAAAUACUAUUACUGUAUAUGCAUUUGAAGAAGCACACAACCAUCCACUUACUGAAUUUAAUGAAGAAAGUCUUUGUUCUCAUAAUCAUAGACUUAGUAUUUCUGAUCAAGAACUUAUUUUCAAAGCUUCAACUCUCAACAUUGGUGCAACUAAAGCACACAAGAUACGGGCAUCAUUAAAAGGAGGAUAUGAUCAUUUGCCAGCAACAAAGAAUGAUUUCAAGAAUUUUUGGAGAGAUUAUACCAAUAUUGUUGGACCCAAUGAUGCUCAAUGUGUUGUAGACCAGUUGAUAAUUCGCAGGGAUAAUUAUCCAAAUUUCCAUUUUGAAUACAAGUUAAAUGAUGAGGAACUAAGUGCUAUGUUUUGGGUUGAUGAAACAGGAAAAGAAAACUACUCUAAGUUUUCAGAUGUUAUUUCAAUGGAUGCAACGUACAGAACAAACAGGUACAAUAUGAUAUUUGUUCCUUUCACUGCUAUUAACAACCAUGAGAAGACAAUCAAUGUUGGAGCAGGACUAAUAUCAGAUGAAACAAUUGAGUCAUACUCCUGGUUAUUAAAAGAUUUUCUAUCAGCACAUAAAAAAAAACCAACCAUGAUUUUGACAGAUAUGGAUCCAGCUUUAACUUCUUCUAUAUCAAAGGAGCUUCAAGGAUGUACACACAGAUUAUGUAUGUGGCACAUAAUGUCAAAAAUGCCUUCAAAGAUUGAUCCCAAUGUAGUUUCAAAUUCAGAUUUCAAGAAACGCAUAAAUCAACUAGUUUGGAGUAUGAAUAUUGAACCAUCAGAAUUUGAGUGUCAGUGGGAUAUGAUGUUGGAUGAAUUUGAUCUGAGGGAAAAUAAAUGGUUAGAUGAUAUGUUCAACAAGAGACACAAGUGGAUUCCUUCAUACUUUAGAGAUAUACCUAUGUGUGGCCUUAUGAAAACUACAUCUCGGUCUGAAAGUUCAAAUUCAUUUUUCAAUGUUUUCUCCAGUGCAACAAACUUACUUGUAAACUUUAUGUUCAAGUUUGACACUGCACUUUCAAAGCAACGUCAUGAGCAAAAAAGAUUGGAUAUUGCAUCAAGAGAUACUUCUCCCCAACUUUUAUUUGCUCCUGAUCCUUUGAAGAUUGAAAAACAUGCUUCAUUAGUCUACACACGAGAAGCAUUCCUUAAAGUCCAGAAACAGAUUAAAAAGGCAUUUUAUCAGUGUUUUCAAAAGACUUCUAUCAUAGUUAAUGGCUUUCAAGAAUGCACAAUCGUUUACAAGGAAGUUAAGUCAGGCAAAAGACCCGAAUUUAAGGUAUCUUUCAAUGCACAUGAACAAACAAUUGACUGUGCAUGUUUGCAUUUCCAAUUUUUUGGAAUACUAUGUAGUCAUGCUUUUAGAGUUCUAAUAGAUUAUAACAUAUUCGAGAUACCCCAGAAAUACAUUUUGGAUCGAUGGAAAAAGAACAUAUUGGAUGUUGCUUUUCAAAAGGUAAACCACAGAUGGCAAGUGUGCAAUACAAAUAUUUCUAAUCUCCUGCGAGAUGCUUUUUCAUAUUAUGAGAAAUGCAUUGAUACGGUUGUUCAUGACAAGGAAACAUUACAAGAAUUGGUGAAUGCUCUUCAAGAAUUAAGUGUAAAUUGUGGAAAGAAUGUUGCAUCUAAACCAAGUUCAAAUCCAAUAAAAGAAGUUGUUGAAAAUGUCAUUGGACUUCAUAUUGCAGAUGAUAUUAAAAUCAAAGUACCUAGUGGGAUAAAAACAAAAGGAAGUGGAAAGAGAAAUAGAAUCAAAAGUGCAGCAGAAAAAGCAAUAGCUAAAUCUCUUUGA